AUUGCGGUCUCCGUAAUUUCGUGUUUGAAUUUGUCACAAAUUCAGUAAAACAUUGACAAUUGGAGCGUGCGGAGAAUCGACCGGAAAUGCUCGUUGCUCUUCCAUUCGGCGGCAUAUAUAUAUAUAUAUAUUUUCGAGUAUGCAUCGCGAAAACGCAGAAUCGUUUUAGUUUUGAGACGCGAUGUAAAAAUCUUGACGAUUUAAUGUAUCGCACGAGAACGGUAACGCCUGUAUUUUUAAUUAUAUUUGCAGCAAGUGUUUUACCUUCCGAAUAUAUCGAUGUGAUUCUCGUGCAACGGAUAUUACAAAAAAUAACAAGAAAUUGAAAUUGUCCUCAGGACGCAAAAAGAAAAAAGAAAAUGCUGAAGAUUAUGCUACUGCUUAGUGCAUUCGGUCACAUUUUGUGCGAGAUGCAAACAAGGUCGGAGGCAACAAUCGGCCGAAUACCAUCCUGUAGAAAUCCGCCUCUGUGUCAUUUAUCGGAUACGUACAGGACGGCGUCGGAAAGUAUAUCCCCGCUUUUGCCUUAUCAGAAAUCUGUUAGUUACGGUAGACAAGGAUCGAAUCUGCAACGCAGUUACGUUGGAUUUGGCUCGUCCACAUCACCAGCUUACUAUCAUGCUUUCGAUCCUAUCAGUGUGUUAGCGUCAUUGGCAUUUCUGGCGUUUCUGUUGCAAUCAUUCGCUUCGUUUUACGAACACUCGAGAUCAAUUUUGCCUACGAUAGUCAGUAGCAGGCACUCGAGCUCGGAUUUGACAAUUCCAGACAUCUCGAGGCACGUGUCAAAUGCCUUGCAGGAAUACGAAAGUCUCAAUGAGGAUUUGGGGAACAAAUAAUUAGUAAACGAGAUACGAAGCAUGGAAUAUUUCGCUACUGUUUAGAGACGAUUCGAUUAAGCAAUUUUUGCUAUUUUUCAUUGCAUAAAUGAUUUAAAUUAAUUCCGCAAAUAAUUUACUUUUUUUCUUUGCAACAGGUACAAGUAAUACAAAUAGUCAAUAAUCUGCGCACGACAGAAAUAUAAUUAUAAAAUG